UCACCAAAGUGACCGUUUUUGUUGUCUCAAUUUCAAAAUAAUACACAUUUACAAAAAUGUUGCCAAAACGCACGUUUAUGAACGGCUUGUGGUUGAGCGCAGCACCAAAAGAUUACUUAAAAAACGGUUUACAAGCGAAAAGUUCAAACUCUUUCGAGAUGAAAACAGCAGCUACUGAAUGAAAGUCGACAUACAAACCAGCAUGUUCCCCCGUUUGUUCCGUGCAUUUUGAGGACUGUAGUGUAGCUCCAAGAGAUGUGUUCUUGAACACAGCUCGGGUUAACUUCUAUGACGCUUUGCUCGUCAGCGCCAACGGCAGGCGCAUGCGUACACUCUUCACUUCCUGACAGCUGCACAACUGCCAUAAAUAUACCUGUUCUCCUACAUGUCUUUCAGUUCUUUAGGUUUUGUUGUAUUUUUUGUGUCAGAGUACACCUGUACCUGUGUCUCGCCUCUCCUCGUGCCUCUCCAUGCGCGCUCCCGUGUACAUGACGGUGUUUGUUUGGCUGAUGAACGAUGCGGCGGCUCGUCAGUUCACUGGGGAGGAGAUGGCUGCUAUCAGACAGCGCAUCAAAUCCAUGUUCUACCACGCCUACAACAGUUACCUUGACAACGCCUUCCCCUUCGACGAGCUCCGCCCACUCACGUGCGAUGGGCAAGACACCUGGGGCAGUUUCUCACUCACACUGAUCGAUGCUCUCGAUACUCUGCUGGUUUUGGGAAACCACACAGAGUUCCAGCGAGUGGCAUCGCUCCUCCAGGACACUGUAGACUUUGACACUGACGUCAACGCCUCUGUGUUCGAAACCAACAUCCGAGUGGUGGGGGGGCUGCUGUCUGCUCACCUGUUGGCAGGUAGGGCGGGAAUGGAGUUGGAGCCAGGUUGGCCCUGUUCAGGACCACUCCUGAGGAUGGCCGAGGGCGCCGCCAGGAAACUGCUUCCUGCGUUCCAGACUGCCACCGGCAUGCCGUAUGGUACAGUGAACCUCCUCAAUGGCGUCAGUCCCACUGAAACACCUGUCACUUGUACCGCCGGCGUGGGAACCUUCAUCUUGGAGUUUGCCACACUGAGUCGACUAACAGGAGACGAAACAUUUGAGAAUGCAGCCCGCCGAGCCCUGAGAGCCCUGUGGAAGACCAGAUCGGACAUCGGACUGGUGGGUAACCACAUUGACAUCCUGUCUAAGAAGUGGGUGGCUCAGGAUGCUGGUAUUGGAGCCGGGGUCGAUUCCUACUUUGAGUAUCUGGUGAAAGGAGCCAUCAUGCUGCAAGACGAGGAGCUGCUCAACAUGUUUUUGGAGUACGAUCGAGCCAUUCAGAACUACACCCGAUUUGACGACUGGUACCUGUGGGUCCAGAUGCAUAAAGGAACUGUCUCUAUGCCUGUUUUCCAGUCUCUGGAGGCCUUUUGGCCCGGCCUGCAGUCUCUCCUGGGAAACCUGGACAGUGCAGUGAGAACUUUCAUGAAUUAUUACUCAGUAUGGAGACAGUUUGGAGGUCUGCCAGAGUUUUACAGCAUCCCUCAGGGUUACACUGUGGACAAGAGGGAGGGAUACCCACUGAGGCCAGAGUUAAUCGAGAGUGCCAUGUACCUGUUCAGGGCGACAGGUGACCACACCUACCUCCAGCUGGGCUUUGAUGCUCUGGAGUCCAUCGAGAGGAUCGCCAAGACGCCCUGCGGAUACGCGACUGUUAAAGACCUGCGAGAUCACCAGCUGGACAACAGGAUGGAGUCCUUCUUUCUCGCUGAAACCAUCAAGUACCUGUACCUGCUGUUUGACCCCACCCACUUCCUGCACGGCGGGGGAGCUGAGGGGGACGGCUCCUGGCAGGAAGGAGGCGAGGGUGGGCAGUGCGUUUUAGGGGCCGGGGGCUUCAUCUUCAACACGGAGGCUCACCCUCUCGACCCAGCGGCGCUUUACUGCUGUAGUCGCCACGCCCGGGACCGUCAGGAGCUCAGGGACAUCCUGCUCAGCCUGUCGUCCAACAGCCAAUCGAAGCCAUUCACCAAACAGACAGAAGACCCAUCCCUCGGCCAAUCAGAGAGCAUUGCACUAAAAGCAGGUGAGAAGAAGACGCCACCUCUGCUGUCCUGCCCUGUUCAGCCGUUCAGCACUCGACUCUCCGUCCUGGGACAAGUUUUCACCGAUUACACCUGAAGCACACCUGGAUCACAUGACCAUCAGAAACAGCUGGAUGAGCUGCUUUGUGGCCAGUAUUUUUUUUGGCUGUCAUGUGACCAUUUUAAAACAUGUCAGCUUUCAGGGAACAAACAGCCACCAGAAUAUUAAAAAUCAUGUAGUAGAAUCCCUGAAGAGAUUCAACAACAUCUGUGAGCGGUUUGCGUUUGUUGUUGUGAUGAAGGACGAGUGAAACCAGAACUCUGCUGCUCUAAUUUAAACUGAAGGCGAAUUAUAUUUUUAUUUAUUAGAAAUGUUGUGGUAGUUCUGUGGUUUGUCUUAUUAUUAUCAUUUGUUUACCCUCAGUAUGGAGCUAUUGUCUUCAAACUGUAGAAGAAGUCACAACGUUCUGUUAAAGCUUUUUAAACUCUACCUGAAUCAGAAUCAGCUUCAAGAAUGAACACCCAUUUAAAAGACGUUUGCACACUGGAAACAUCAUUAUGUCAUUUGUUCUGUACUCGUCUGUCAGUUGCUGAGGUUGUGUAAUGGCUUGUUGCUGCCAAGAGGAGGCAGCGUAACGCUUUACUCUUUAAGUUUUCAUCCACCAUCAACUGAAUCUGUCAUCCUCAAGCUUCAGGACCCUGCAGAUCCUGUGACAGGAUAUAACAUAUAAUUUUCAUUCGUUUGUUCUGAUAUCUCCCAUUUGUUUUUGUGUGGAAAAGUUUUGUUUUUUUUAUUUUUACUUCCAGGCCUCAUCUGACUGAAUGAUGAAUAAAUUGUCUUCCAUAUGCAGCCUUUGACCAAACAUUAAAAAAAAACAAAAACUGAUAAGCCAACAGUCCAUGACCUAAUCUGUGGUCAAGUUUAUGGUUUAAACUGCUGCUUUAAAGAACAUGAACACCUAACCUGCAAGAUUAAAGUGUGUUCUCACCUCCAACA